GGCAGGGAGACAAGAGGUUGCCAUGACGACGCACAUGCAGCAGUGGAUUAUUCUUCUUCUCAUCUUUCUCUGCAGCGUCUGUGCCAAAAAGCUGCACCGAUGUGAUGAUGAUGAUAAUGAUGAUGAUGGCAAAGACGCCGAGUCCUGGCUGGAGAGUUUCCCGAGGGCACGGUGCAUGGCCCGCUGUUUGAAUUUGCACCGCGCGGCAACACCGCAGCUUCCACAGUGCUUGGAGCCGUGUAAAGAUUCUUGGCCUGUGGAGAAGAAGCGUGAUUGCAGGGAGCCGUGUGAGAGGUCGUUCCCAAAAAAACGCCGGGAAUGUGUCGCCAGCUGCCAGUUCCUUCAGACGGCGAUGGAGGUGAAGCAAGGUGGUUGUCCUCCACCGGAUUGGGCCGCUGGUUUCGCGGCCGCUUGUGUCCACAGCUGCGAUUCUGACUCGGAAUGUCCAGCUCAGAAGAAGUGCUGCUCCAACACCUGCGGACACACAUGCCAGACUCCCAAAGACCUCUACCAGGGGGUUCCGUUGAAGCCUAGGAAGGAGCUGCGCUUUGAGGAGGUCUCCCCUGACCAACUGGAGGUGCUUUGGACCUCCAGGUUCAACAUCUCAGCUGAGCCUGUAGUCUAUAUCCUGCAGAAAAGGUGGAAUUUCGGCAUCCAGCCCAGCGAGGACGCCGCCACGCCAUGGCAUACUGUCACACAGACCACAGAGCAGAGAGCCCGACUGCAUGACAUCCGACCAGGCCGGUGGUACCAGUUCCGAGUUGCAGCCGUCAACUCUCAAGGAACCAGAGGUUUCACCACUCCGAGUCGGCAUAUUCAUUCCAGCAGAGACCCGACCAGCCCUCCAGCCCCGACUGAGCUCAGAGUGACCAACAUGACCUUUGCUCCGGGCAGGGCCGUGCAGGUCCAACUCCAGUGGCGCAUGCUGGGAGACCUGGAUGUCCCCGUUCACCACUACAAGGUCAGCUGGACGUGGGCUGCCAUUGGUGGAAGCCCAGUUUCCUCCGUGACAAAAAGGAAGAAGCUCGUCAGAGAGAGCCGCGUGGUGCUGGACGGCAUGCGGUCCAACCGUAGCUACAGCGUGGAGGUCCAAGCCGUCUCCUAUUGGAGGCAAACCCAGCUGAAAGGACCCCGAGCCAUCGUGUACUUUAACACCUUGCGCAACGCAUCAAGAGACAUGACAGGUGACAUCCUGGACGUGGGGACGCCGUUUUAUCAAAAUGGGCAGCUGCAAGUUCACGUUUACUGGAGGAGCAGCACAGACCCUUCAGUUGAGUACUACCGAAUCCAGUGGGUACCAGAGUACUGUGAACACAACCAAACGGCCCCCAGAGAGAAGACUAACACACAGGGGACCUUCACCAGCUUGCAGGGUUUGCUGUUCUCCUGUAAGUACAAAGUCCUCCUGCACUCCGUCAGUAAGAAGAGUCGUCCCCCAGCCAAGAGCAUCAGCUUCAUCACACCGUCCUGUGCCGCCAUGCAAGCCAAGAGUCCAAAACCCAUCGCCUGUAAUGGAGUGACCCCUCAGAAGGUUCCGGUGAAGCCAACCAACCUUACAGUGUCCUUCAAGUUCCAGAACGGUAACAUGACCGCCAUCUUUAAGUGGAGCGUACCCGCCGGAGUACAUCGCCAUCACUUCACCGGCUAUCACGUGACCUGGACGGAGAUCACGUCAACCAGACACAACAAGAAGCUGCACCGCAGUCCAAAGCCACAAUCCCAAAUCCUACCCCCGGAAACGACAUUCCUGGCGCUGUCUGGCCUACAUCCUGCCAGCGUCUACCGGCUGGAGGUGCGGACCAUCGAUGAUGGCGGGGAUCAAGGUCCGGCCAUCAGCAGGACCUUCCAGAGUCCGGGAUUACAGAACGUGGUGAAGCAUAGGAAAUAUCAUCGAUAAAGUUAGCCGUUUGCUGACCAGUUCGUCGCCCACAUUACCCAAUUCCACGUCCUUAUUUUUCUGCCUAUCAAGACGCCAUUGCAUGCAUGUGUUGGAUGCCUUCACUGUCACUGAGAGGAACCUUAAAGUCUAUUUCAAAAACACAGACACAGUAAUCCCUCACCAUCGAUAUAAUAUGGCCUAGUAUUAUAGUAUUAAUGUAUAUAUAUAUAUGUAUAUCUGUAAUGGUAAUGGUAAUGGUUUAAUUUCAUUUGAACAUGCAUCAGAUUACAAUUGAGUGCAUCCCAUAAUCAGUUCCCAGUUCCACAUGUCCAAAAGGAGUAGGAAGAAGCAAAGCUUAUUAAAUCCUACCCCUCCAUCUGGUACUUUUACAAUCAGUAACUGUUACAUUUGUUCACUUCCUGCUUUCCUUAUAUAAUUAAGUAUUUUUUGUACUUUAUUUUAUUAUUUUUGUGUGUUUUUUUGGUAAAUUUUUUCUAUAUUUUACAUUUGUUCACUUCCUGCUUUCCUAAUAUAAUGUAAGAUUUUUUUGUACUUUAUUUUAUUAUUUUUUGUAUUUUUAUUUUUUUUGUACAUUUUUUGGUACAUUUUACAUUUGUUCACUUCAUGCUUUCCGAAUAUAAUGUAAGUUUUUUUUGUACUUUAUUUUAUUAAUUUUUUGUAUUUUUAUUUUUUUGUACAUUUUACAUUUGUUCACUUCCUGCUUUCCUAAUAUAGUUGUCCAAAAGGAGUAGGAAGAAGCAAAGCUUAUUAAAUCCUACCCCUCUAUCUGGUAUUUUUACAAUCAGUAACUGUUACAUUUGUUCACUUCCUGCUUUCCUAAUAUAAUGUAAGUAUUUUUUUGUACUUUAUUUUAAUACUUUUUUGUAUUUUUAUUUUUUUUGUACAUUUUUUUGUACAUUUUACAUUUGCUCACUUCCUGCUUUCCUAAUAUAGUUGUCCAAAAGGAGUAGGAAGAAGCAAAGCAUAUUAAAUCCUAAUAAUUUUAGUGGUGUAAAUGCUGUAUAUAAUGUCCAUAAUAUGACUUGUGUUGUAUUUAUGUAUCUAUACCUCUGAAGACCUUUUGUAGAAAUACUC